AGAACAGUUAAGGCAGAGGUCCCCUCACCUGCAGACAGCAGCUCUUUCCUGCCCGCGAUGUUCCACCAAGUCUGGGCGGCUUUGCUCUACCUCUACGGCCUUGUCUUUAACUCCGUGAGCCAAUGCCCUGAGCACAGUCAACUCACAACGCUAGAAGUGAGUGAGAAAGAGUCCCCAGAUCCCCACCUGGGCACAUGGUACUUCAUCGCAGGAGCAGCCCCCACCAAGGAAGAGUUAGCAACUUUUGACUCAGUGGACAAUAUUGUCUUCAACAUGGCGACCGGCUCUGCCCCAAGGCAGCUCCAGCUUCGUGCUGCCGUCCGCACGAAGAACGGGAUCUGCGUGCCCCGGAAAUGGAUAUACCACCUGACUGAAGGGAAAGGAAACACAGACCUCAGGACUGAAGGCCGCCCUGACAUGAAAACAGACCUCUUCUCCAGCUCGUGCCCAGGGGGAAUCAUGCUGAAAGAGACGGGCGAGGGAUACCAGCGCUUUCUCCUCUACAACCGAUCACCACACCCUCCGGAGAAGUGUGUGGAGGAAUUCCAGUCUCUGACCUCCUGCCUGGACUUCAAAGUCUUCUUGGUGACUCCCAGGAAUCAAGAGCCCUGCCAGCUGUCCAGCAAGUGA